AUCUGCUUCACACGUUUUGUCUUGGUAAAGGGUGAUGUUGUUUGUUUACCAAACUGCUUUCUUCUCAUUUUGCUGUGGAAGCUAUAGAAAAGUUUAGUCCAAUUCAAAGCUUAUCCUUUCCUCUUCUUGGUAUUGUUGCUGUGUUCGUGAUUGAUUUGAUUUCUGCUUAGAUUUUAUGAUGAAUGAACAAUAUGGGAAUUCAAGGGCAAGCUCCUCAAGCUCGAUUUCCAGUGCUAGUUUGAACAGCAAUUCAUUGGGUACGGAGGAUGAUCAUACUAUUGCUAAGAUAUUAGCUGAGGAGGAAAAUGCUUUGCAGCAGCGCAUGGGCAAGCUUGGAAAGAGGCUUUCUCAUCUAGACUCAAUUCCGCACACCCCAAGGGUAAUUGGAGAGAUACCUGAUACAAAUGAUGCCACAUUAGACCACUCAAGGCUUUCUGGCAGGUUGGAAACAUAUGAUCUUACUGAAAUUCAAAUUCAGGGAGAUGGGAAUUGCCAGUUCCGAGCCCUUUCAGAUCAGCUUUAUAGAAAUCAAGAUUACCACAAGUAUGUAAGAAAGCAGGUUGUCAAACAGCUAAAACAUUACAGAAAGCUAUAUGAAGGUUACGUUCCAAUGAAGUAUAAAAGCUACUUGAAGAAGAUGAAGAGAACAGGGGAAUGGGGAGAUCAUGUUACUCUCCAAGCUGCAGCAGACCGAUUUGGAGCUAAAAUAUGUUUAGUAACUUCCUUUCGAGACACCUGUUACAUUGAGAUCCUUCCCAAGGACACCCAACCUUCUAAAGAAUUAUGGCUGAGCUUUUGGAGCGAGGUACACUACAAUUCAUUAUAUGAAACUGGAGAGGUUCAACCCAGAAUCCAGCGAAAGAAGCAUUGGCUUUUCUAGAGCGUAGCUGUUGAGUCUAAUAUAUGUGUUUUCGACGAUUUAUUUACUUUGUGGAGGUAAUGCAGGGUUACCAUAAAAUGCCCCUUGUAUAUAAUACUACAGAACAAUAACAAAUAUAGCUAACAGGGGCCCCCUCAUAGCUACAGACUUGGCUGAGAAAAACUAGUGCAAAAAAUGUUCAUUUGAAGAUUCUUUCAACCCACUUUCAUCUUC